AUGUCGCCCGUCGUGUCAACCUCCCUCGGUGAACCGCCGUUUUUUCUGUACUGCAAUCAUUGUAGAUGGGACUCUGCGGAAGUGGGUAUUACUUUUGAGAAGCCUACUGGUCUUGCUGCACAACUUCAGAAAUUUGAAGACUCUGCGCCAGAAUCGCUCGAGUUUGAGCGGCUGAAAGAACAUUUUGAGCCCUUCCUACGUGCAUCCUCCUCCUCUUCCGCGCUGCCAACGACGUCCUCACACCACCACACCAAUCCUAUCACAGCUGCCGCCUCGUCCGCUCUAGCGCGGGAUAUCCCCGGUGUCAGCAAGUACAAUCCACUAUCGCGUAGCCGCGUCGGACGCGACAAGAGCGGGCGCCACGAUAUUCCAGAGUACAAGGCGCGCGUCGAUAUCAGUGCCGCAGGAGGACUAGGUUCGGGUGGUGGUGAGGCUAAUGCGGAGUUUCUGCGUCACUUAGAAACCGUAGAAGAGGUGGCUUCUCUAGAGCAACGCUGGGUAGGAAGCUGGGUCUCAUCUUUGCAUACUAGCGACCUCAAGUCUAUGCGGAUCCCACUGCAGUCGAAGAAAUCUAAGCGAUGUCCAAGCUGCCGACACAUUCUCAUCAAGCCGGAACAGAAGGCGCAGUCGGUGAGGUAUAAGAUUAAGCUUGUUGCCGCGAAUUAUUUGCCCGCUAUAUCGGUGUCGCUACCUCACGUGCAAGCUGCAAUGGAAAUGAUGAAGCGAUCAACUGCUUUGAACAAAUCCACGGCCACUACCAUGACCAUGGAUGAGCAAAGCGUCGCUGCAGGAGCGCUGAUUGCAGGCAAAACGUAUUCGUUUCAUUUAGCGUUCACCAAUCCGCUAUAUGACCCGAUUCAGGUGCGUCUAAAGAAGGCACAGGUGAUGCCUACACUGGGAACAGACUCGGAUGCAGAGAAAGCGCGACGGCCAGCAUUUCAGGUCAAUUUGCCGAGUACGGCGUUCCCCAUCGCCGCAUUUGCGGAAGCAUGGGAGUACGAGGACGAUGAUGAGGACAUGUUUGGGUUAGACGACGAUGAAAUGGGCGCUGAUGGGUUGGGUCGACACCAGAGGGACGGCAGAGGCAAGAUGCGAACUGUUGGCGUGCUUGAGAAGCGGGCGAAUGUGACCGUGGUCGGUGGAGAAGUGAUUCUGACAAAAGAGGCGCGAGGGAGCGUUAAGUUCAACAUGUUAGUCUCGUACACAUAUCGCUCGGAUGACCCGGAGCCGGCGGAGGCAGAGCUUGGGACACCAUCACGAACUCAUCGACAGCCAGAGAUGAAGAAUUUUUCGUUCUAUACCGUUGUCGAUCUCGGGCGGAUCGCACCGCGAGAGGAGUCUCGAGCUGAUUCGGAGAUUUGA